GACCUCAACAUCCUACUCGACGACGUCCACCGCACGCUCGCCGCCCGCCACCCCGUCCCCCAUCGUCCCCACCGCCCUCAGCAACACAGACAGCGACACCGUCUCCAUCUCUACCCACCCACUCUCUUUCGCCUCAUGCGGGAAUCCAACUUCGCGUUCCCAGCCCAGAAUCGGGCUUGCGUCUGCAUCUCCUCCCAGCUCUAUGACAGACGAGCUCUCGACACGAAUUCGCCCCUUCCGCUGUUCAAUUCCCUGACGCACCUUACCUACCUCACAUCGACGUCACCACGCAUCCGCGAGAUCAUGACCAUGGACGGGGGCCUCGAGCGGCUCGUCCGCAUCCUGCACGACUUCUGCAUAUGCCCACCGCCUCCCGAAAACCCCAUGCUCUUUUACGGCCUAUCGCCACCAUCUGCCCACCCGCCGAAACUCGUGCCGACGUUGAACCCAAAGUCUUUCGACAAGCAAGCACAGUACCGCUUCACCCUCGCCUUCCAGUGUAUCGUCAACAUCGGUGUGCGCGGCAGCGAGUUCAUUCGAAGUCGGGUUGUACAGGCAGGGACGCUCGAUGUGGUCGGAUGCAUUCUAGAGGCGUGGUUGGCCGGACGGGGAUUUGCCGUAGGGCCCAGUGUAAGCGCAAGUGGUCUGCCGAGGGAGACGAAGGAACAACGACUCGCAAGGCGGCAAGCACAGAUGGAAGCACGUCAGCGAGAACAGGCAGAUCAGUUGGCUCGGGCGCUGCAGCAACAAGUAAUCGAGCCAAGUCGACGCCUAGCCCCGCUGCCCCCGGAGGACGAGCCUAUGGAGGCGGAAACAACAUCUCGGGCAGAUACCCCAGCAGAUUCGUCGGCGAACCCGACACCGGGUGGCAUCAAUACGCCGACGGGGAGUGGACGCGAGCGCAGUGGCACGAUCAUCGCCCGCCCAGCGUGGGACCCGCCUGCAGGCCCUGUGGGAGGCGGUCACACACAUCGCCGCACCUACCGGCGGCGGGAUCCGCCUCCCGAGUCUGCGGGCGCAUCUACGUCGACAUCUGCGGACAAUUCUCGGCCAGAGACCGAGACCGAAGAUGACGGGGACGUUGAUAUGGAUCAAGAGAGUGCCCAUGGCGACGAGGCGUCGACGUCGGGGACGCCACCUCCCGAGCGGCGCGGACCGCCCGCGGGCACGAUUCGCGCGCCCACUGUGCAUACCCGACGCACGGUGGGCAUUGUUUCUGAUGCGGGUAAUCCCGCUACUACAGGCUCUCUGGACAUGGACAACGACGUCCAUAUUGUUAUCAAUGGCCAGGGCGAUGGCGGCGUGGAAGGUGUAGGCGUGGAGGACGGGCUGGUGUCGAUGGAGACGAACGACGAUUUCGCGAUGGGCGCACCACCAGGAGCGCCUGGUGCUAUUGACGGGCCACCUGCAAGAAUAGGCCCCGAUCCGCCGAUGCCUGGAGAGCGAACACCGAGGGCGCCCACAACCGCCCUCCCCCACGCUAUCUCCAUCAACGUCCCCCCUGUUCCCAGUCCCAAUAUCCGAGUCACCACCGCUGAUCCUCCGACCACUCGCGCUGGGCGCACUCAUGUCAGUCGUGGAACGAAUACGGGUGGUGCGGGUGGCAACGCCGGCGCAGGUGCGGCGGGCGGCUCGCAUGGCCACCAUCACCACCAUCAUGCCCGCGAGUCGGAAGGCCCGUACCGCGAUGAGGACGUGCUUCUCAGCCUGCAGCUCCUGGCAUAUCUCAGCAAGUACCCCCACGUCCGGCAGGCGUUCUACAAGCCGCGCACGACGUUUCACCCCGCGACGGCGCAGCUCCCAGUUGGCGAUGGUCGGUUCGCAUCAUCAUCGUCUGCGGCGGGCCCGAGUAACAAGGCGGGUGUAGGCGCGGGCGGGUUCGGCCCGAUUGGGCCUGCGAAAGAGCCGAAUUCGUUCAUCAGGGCGUACAACACCGUCACAGGGCGGGGAAAGGAGAAGGCGCCAGCGAGCCCUGAGCCUGCCGCGCCGAUUGCGGCGCCUCCGACGCCUCAGCGGAUGACGAACGUGUUUGCGUUGGUGGAGAGGUUCACGUUUCGCCACAGUUCGGUGGAUAUGGAGAGCUCGAACCCGCCGCCGUCCUUGCCACCAGAGAUCCAGUACUGGGCGGGUGUCAUCAUGCGCAACGCGUGCAGGAAGGACGACAGUCGAGGUGGGAUCCGGCAGUGUGCCAACAUGCUGUGCGGUCGGUGGGAGUCGUUCCCGCGCGAGUUCGCUAAGUGCAGGAGAUGCAGAAAAGCGAAGUACUGCGGGAAGGAGUGCCAGAGCCUGGCAUGGAGCGAGGGCCACCGGUUCUGGUGCAGCGCGAAGGACCCCGAGGAGGACGCCGAGCACCACGCCGAGAGCUCACGGACGGGCCAGACCACGUCGACGGGUACGGUCACCGCAGACGGGACGCCGGUGCAGACUGGACGACACGAGCGCCGGGCGGAGCGCGAGCGCGAGAGACAUACACGGACACUGGCGACGGAGGUGCUUCGUCAGGAGCGGCGGGAGCAGAUGAUGGUCGCCGUUAGGAUGGGCGGGACUCUCAUGCGACCGGGGGCUCCAGGCAUCGACCUCGGUAUCCGCGACGGUGUCACGGUUGUCAGUCCGGACGAGACUCCCAAUGAUGGAGCGGGCCCAGCACGCGUGAACGGGAACCCAGACGACAUGAUGCUGGGCUAGCUGCACGUUCGCUCCCCUUCGCCCGACACCUCUCCCCCUUCCCCUUCCCCGCUCGUCGAUCAUCUGGAACGCCAGGCACGCCGCAAUGGACUAGAUACAUAUCGCACUACACUCGUUGGCAAUGGUCGAUUCAUCUUUUCUGUUCAUUUCUUGUGCCACUGCUGCUGGUGGAUUGUACCGUGACAUACCCGUGUCUCUCCCGCAUCGUGAUCUCUGUCCUGUGUCCUCCGCAUUGUAGUCUACACACAUACAAUCUACCGCAACGCAAUACAUUUACCUCUUAUUAGAGUCGUGGUUUAUUUC